AAGAAAAUGCUAAUUUAUCUUAAUAAAAAAUCAUUGAUUACGUUAUAUUUUUCGUUUCUAAGACCUUGCUUGGUACUCGCUCAAGCCAAUAUGUCUUCUGGAAUCGUAGAUGCGGAUAAAUACUCUGUGGCAUAUGUGACAGUACCAAGUGUAGAUGUGGGCAAAACUAUUGGACAUGGUUUAGUGAAGAAUAAGCUGGCUGCCUGCGUCAAUGUGAUACCACAAGUAACUUCUAUAUAUGAAUGGGAAGGAAAAAUUAAUGAAGAUAGUGAGGCUCUGCUGAUGAUUAAAACGAGAACAACACAAGUGGACAAACUGACAGAGUUUGUUCGCACCAACCAUCCUUACUCUGUCUGCGAAGUAAUCUCACUGCCAAUCAAGAAUGGAAACCCUCCAUAUUUGAAAUGGAUUGGAGAUACAGUCCCUGAGAAUUAG